CUCGCUUGGGUCGUGGGGGGCGCCGGCUUGCUGCAGAUACCCUUGGGCAUCUUCACCUGUGUCGUGGAGAACAUUCGGGAGGAGGCUAUCGCAAAUAUUUGCUGCACCACUGGCCACAGACCUUGAAUUUCUGGCUGUGUAAGCAGCAGUAUAGGCGCUGUCCAGAAUCACGUUUUCUACAGCGCUUGCCUGAGCCCUCAAGUUUAUUCAAAGGCCUAUACGUUGGUGAAGCUGUGGUGUUGCGGCGUGGCUACAGCCUAUUCAACGAGAGACGAUGCUGUCGGUUCAAGUGUAUCUCCUUGCGACAGCUGCGUGCAUGCUCGAACCCGUACCGACGUCUGCGACCAGCGACCACCGUCGGCCCGUCUACGUGUUCGGACACAUGGCGAACAGCCUGCGGGAGUUGGACGAUUUCAUUGAGCAGGGCGUGAACGCCAUCGAGGCCGACGUCACUUUUGCGCCUGAUGGGACGGCGACAAAGUUUUACCACGGUCCGGGCUGCGACUACGGCCGCGACUGCGAACAGCAGACCGACGUCCCCGUCUACCUCACCUAUCUGAAGGACACAGUGAGCGCAGAAAAUGGAAGAUACAGGAACAAAAUGCUACUCCUCUACGUUGACAUCAAAACUGCAAACCUAAAUGGAAGUGAAGAUAUGUACGCAGGGGGUGUUAGCCUGGCGGAGAAUCUGAUGAGCUACCUUUGGAGUGGAGUGCCUCCAAGUCGCAUGGUAAACGUACUUCUGUCAAUAUUUAGUACAGCUGACAAAGAAGUUUUGAAGGGAGCAAUGGAUAGGUUGUCCAUUUCGGAAAAUCACUUCGACCUUCUUGAACAUGUAGGUUUCGACGUUAGCGGCAACAAUUUUCUCUCAACUAUCGCCUCGACGUUCGAAAAGCUCGGUGUUACGAGACACCGUUGGCAAGGAGACGGCACCAACAACCGAUUCAUUGAUAUUUAUCCUGCCCUUCGGAUGUCCUGGGUGACGGCUCGCCGAUCUCUCAACAGCUCGGUGCACGAUUAUGUGGACAAGGCCUAUGUUUGGACAGCUGACCACGCAUUCACAAUUCGUCGCUUUUUCAGGAAGAACAUCGAUGGCAUUGUGACAAACUCUCCAGGAAACGCCUUGAAAGUUCUAGAGGAAGAUGAGUUUUCCAUGAAGUAUAGGCUUGCCAAUAGUCUCGACGAUCCAUGGAAGCGAAUUGUCUAGUCAGCGUAGCAGCAUUGGAAAAAAAUUGCAUUGUGAUCGCAUUACCAGAGACGGUAUGGAGGAAUAAACUGAACAAAUUAUUAUUUUCAA